GAGGGCUCAGCAUGCGUCAUGUGACUGCUGUACUGGUCACAUGGUACGGAAGUCAGCACUGCAGACUGGUGCUGGAAGCCUUUUCAGAAUUAGAUGACCACGACAAUGCCAAAAUGUAUUGUUGACUAUUGCCGUAAUUAUGCCGGAAUGAGAAACAAUAUUGCCAACGUCAUGCUGCAUGGGUUCCCGACCACAGUGGACCGAAUCAAAACGUGGCUGAGAUCCAUCAAUCGCAGCGGGCAUGUGUGCGAGAACCUGGAUGAUAUGGCUGUGAAAAUACACCAGGGCAAAAAACACGACUCGUAUCGAGUUUGCUCCGAACAUUUCUCCAAAAGCUGUUACUUGGUCUGCGGAGAGAAGAGGAUGCUAAAGAAGGACGCUGUUCCCACAAUCUUCACUAAGGAGGGAGAGCUAGCGUCUUGCGUCACUAAACAGUGCAGCAAGAAUAGAAGGAGCCUCAUGGGCAAACAGGCUAAGAAAUAUGUGAAAAGGCUAUCUACUGAAUAUUCCCAACAGAGUUCACCUGAAGCAAAAUAUAUAUACAAAGAAAAUUCCCAAACUGUCAAUGAUGGGGACAAGAUUACUCAACUAAUAUUAAAUCUCACCCUGGAAAUCAUCCACCUGCUGACUGGGGAGGAUUACAUAGUUGUGAAGAAGUCUUGUGACAGUGUCACACCGAGCAGUUGUCCACGUGUGCCAGGAACCCAUAGCCCCAUCACGGAGCCUCCACCUCACUCACUGAUACAUGAGAGAGACAAUGACCAGAAGAUCCUGGAACUCACCAACAAGAUCAUUCAGCUGCUGACUGGAGAGGUUCCUAUAAGGUGUGAGGACGUCACUGUCUUUUUCUCCUUGGAGGAGUGGGAGUAUAUAGAAGGACACCGGGAUCUGUACAAGGACGUAAUGAUCAAUGAACUCGAGACCCUCAAAUCAGUGGGUGACUCUCAGAAUCGAAUUAAAUCUCACAGCUGGAUUUCUUGUACAAAUUGUGCAAACAUGAAUACAAGUGUUGAUAGAAAUUAUCAACAAUCAAAAUGCUUUCAAAUUGUCAACCAAAGAAAAAAGUUAAAGAAAUUAGUAUCAAAUAUAACCAAGGAGCUGGACUUCUAUGAAGAAAGAAAUCUCACAGAACAGAUGGACUAUACAACCUGCAUUAAGGAGGAACCACUCUCAUGUAGAGAAGAAAAUUUCAUAGACAUUGAUAUAGAUCUUAAAAAAUAUUCAUCUACUCACAUGAAGGAGGAAUCAGUCUCAUGUGACAGAGGAGACCUCACAGACUCUGACAAUUAUACGCCCAAAUAUCAUACACAGUAUAAAGUUAUUCAUAUUAAGGAGGAACCAAUCUCAUGUGAUGGAGGAGACCUCACAGAAACGGACAAUUAUACACCCACAGAUCAUGCACAGUAUACAUCUACUCAUAGUAAGGAGGGAGCAGUCUCAUGCGACAGAGGAGACCUCACAGACACUGACAUGUGUACACCCACAUAUCAUGCACAGUAUACAUCUACUCAUGUUAAGGAGGAACCAGUCUCAUGUGAUGGAGGAGACCUCACAGAUACUGACAUGUAUACACCCACAGGUCAUACACAGUAUAUAUUUACUCAUAGUAAGGAGGAACCAGUCUCAUGUGAUGGAGGAGACCUCACACACACUGACGUGUAUACACCCACGGGUCAUACACAGUAUACAUCUAUUCAUAUUAAGGAAGAACCAGUCUCAUGUGAUGGAGAAGACCUCACACACAUGGACAAUUAUACACCCACAGAUAAUACACAGUAUACAGCUACUCAUAUUAAGAAGGAUGGAUGUGACGGAGGAGACCUCACGGACACUGACAAUUCUACACCAACAGAUCAUACACGGUAUAAGUCUACUGAUAUUAAGGAAGAACCCAUGUCAUCAGGAGAUUUUGUAUACACAUAUCUGUCAUUUAGAUGCUCUGAGUGCUCAGAAUGCUUUCCAUGUAAGUCUGAUCUCAUUUACCAUCAGACACUUCAUAGGAGAGAGAAGCUGAGGUGCUCAGAAUGCGGUAAAUACUUUUCCAAUAAGUCCAAUCUUUCAAAUCAUAUCCGAGGCCACACUGGAGAGAAACCCUAUACGUGCCUCACGUGUGGGAAGUGUUUCACCAGGAAAAGCACUCUGGUUAUACAUCAGAGAAUACACACAGGAGAGAAGCCCUUCGUUUGCCUGGAAUGCGGGAGAAGCUUCAAUGGCAAAGGUAACCUACGGAAACAUCAGAAGGUUCAUAGGACAACUAAACCAGCCACUGUUAAAACGGUAAUGCCGCUACCCCUGGCCCUUCUAGUAGACUCUAAUAUUGCCCCAUAUCAGAUGCUUUAGUAAGGUGACUAGUCUCCUUCUCAACAAAAGACCUGUUUAAUUCUGCGGAUAUAGUAUUUGGUAGAACUUUGGGUGAAGUAUGUUUGAAUACAUUUCGAAUAAAGCCAUCCGAAAGUGAUGCGUUUUUAAUAA